GAGCGAGAGGGUAAUGUGGAGGCCACGUGAAGAGCUGUAGUGUUGAAGUGCGUGCAGUCAGUAAAACCCAGGCAGUCGGGGUGUGAAAAGCCUCUAUUGUUGUUGAGAGAGCCUCAGUGAUCUGACCUCUGUCCAGCAGACUGACAGCGUGAUGUUUUCAGAUCUGGACUGACCGCUGGGAACGGCCCCCACUAACACUGCACUGUACUGGCCGGGUCCAGUGGCACGAGGGACAGUGCACGUUUGUGAGGGAUACGGUAGUGCAUAUUUGUUAGGGACAGUGCACGCGUCUGUAAUUCUUGAACAGGGACAGAGAACUCAGUGGAUAAAGGGGUGUUUUGUUCGAAGACGGUACAGUAGGAUAGCAGCAGUACAAUGAAGAAAAUUGCAUUGGAGAACAGGUUGUCCAUGCAUAAAUCAAGUUCUGAGGAUGCGUCAGAGGGAAAAUGGGACGGAAAGAGACAGAAAAACAAGUCUUUCUGGCAGAAUUUUCGGAAGUCGCAGAAAGGUGUCGUGCGGCAGACCACAAGAAGUGAGGACAUAGGUUUUGUAGCCAGUGACAUCACUAUGAGUGAUGAAGAGCGCAUCCAGCUGAUGAUGAUGGUCAAGGAGAAGAUGAUAAGCGUGGAGGAGGCCUUGGCAAGGCUGAAAGAGUUUGAGAGCCAGAGCCGACAGAACUGCAGUACUGAUCUUACAGAAUGGCCUGAUGCUCCCAGUCCAACCGUGAACGAGUCCUCCAACUGCAACUCAUGUGAGCAGUCGGAUGGUGAACAGGAGGAGUCCGGGACGUUCAGACGUCUCCAUAAGCUGGUCAGCUCCAGUCGUAGGGUCCGCAGGAAACUCCUCAGGAUCGACGAGUCCAAGAAGCCUGGGUCUGACGGUGAGACGGAGUCUCUGACUAUGGUCGGGCCUGUCCCAGGUGAUGCCAUGUCCUCUCUGUCCCUGUACUCUGGGGUUCAGAGGAAGCAGUCUGGCGCGUUUCACCACGAUGACUCCCUGGCCUCCGCCUUGCGCGACCAGCUGACUUAUGACCUCCGAGACUCGGACAGUCUGACCACCUCCCCCUCCUCCUCCUCCUUGGACACCUGCAGCAGCAACACACACACCCACAGCCUGGAUACGGUCUCCAGCACCAGCCAGCGACUGUCCACAGCCUUCAGUAAGACAGGAGGAUCCAGCCCAGCCUGUAGCCCAGGGAGAUACCCGGACACAGGCCCCAGCGGCGACGUGAGGGCCGGGGGUAGUGGUUCCUCCCUGUCAGAGAUAGAGGUUGGUGGUGGAGAGGAUGGACCCAGGAUGGCCCGGUCAGUCACGGAUGGAGAGAUCAGGAGAGUAAUCGGCCCACUCAGCUACCAUGGGAGAACCUGUAGCUUUGGUGGGUUUGAUCUGACCAACCGGUCUCUGCACAUGGUCACCGGAGAUCAGGAUCUCACUAACAAAGAUGGGGAUGCCAGUGUGAAAGGCGUAGUCAAGUCUCCACAGACGAACCAUCGAAUCUCUUUGGGCAAGAAAGUGAAGUCCGUGAAAGAAACCAUGAGAAAACGCAUCUCCAAGAGAUACCACUGCGCUCUCUCUGAACAGUUAAGCCCAGACCGUAUGUCCAGCGGGCCCCAGUCCCCCCACAGCCACACAGACACAGACUCACUGGAGAAACCCAAGCUGAAGGCUGGAGGGUCAGUGGAGAGCCUGAGGAGCUCCCUCAGUGGACAGAGCUCCAUGAGUGGUCAGACAGUGGGCACCACAGACUCCUCCAACAGCAACAGAGAGAGUGUGAAGUCUGAGGAUGGAGAGGAGGAUGAACUUCCCUACAGAGGACCCUUCUGUGGUCGAGCUAUGGUGCACACUGACUUCACCCCCAGCCCCUACGACACUGACUCUCUCAAACUGAAGAGAGGUGAUGUGAUUGACAUCAUCAGCAAGCCUCCAAUGGGGACGUGGAUGGGCCUGCUGAACAGUAAGGUGGGAACAUUUAAGUUCAUCUACGUAGACGUUCUGGCUGAGGAGGAAGACAAACCUAAACACACCCGACGGAGGAGGAAGGGACGGCAGCCCAAACCCACCUCUGUAGAGGAACUCCUGGAACGCAUCAACCUCAAAGAGCACCUGCCCACUUUCCUCUUCAACGGCUAUGAGGACCUGGAUACCUUUAAGCUUCUGGAAGAGGAGGAUCUAGACGAGCUUGACAUCGGAGACCCUCAACACAGGGCUGUGCUGCUCACCGCUGUGGAGCUUCUGCAGGAGUACGACGGUAGCAGCGACCCGGACCGUAGCAGCCAGACAGGGGGUUCUCAGGAGAAGCUGUUACUGGACCGCCGGGGCCUCCUGGGGGACUUCCCACGAGACUCUGGCUGCUACGAGAGCAACGAGAAUCUGGAGAACGGAGGGAGGGGCAAAAAGACGUCUUCUUCCAUGAGCAGGUCCUCGUCUGGUUUUCAAUCCAGUCACCUCCCAUCCCCAGAGUCCCCCGGCCUCCCCCCCACCCCGACCCACCCCAGCCUCCCCCUGAUCCACCCCAGCAAGACCAUCUUACAGACCAGACCAGAGCACCAGUCCACUACCUUACCAUCGCAGAGCCAGAGCCAUCGCAGUCACACCCACAGAGCCAUGCCACUGAGGAGCUGGAGCUGUGAUAACUUGGGCCUGGCAGGUAAGCCUACUCCCACAGCCCUGGGGCUGCUCCCCCUGGGGGAGCUUCACUCAGACCAGGGCCUCCACACCACUGAGCUCCACACCCUGGAAGACAUGACGCCAGCUCAUACCACCAUGUCCAAGGCUAAGGGACAGGGCUACCCUACACAAGAGGCCCUACAGCAGUUGUCGACACACUCUGAAGGAUCUUUCCUGUCCUCACAACCACUGCUCACCUCACCUUGUAGUGUUCUGUCUGAUACGUUAGAGUUGGACAUGGGAGUUCCCAGGUUAACAGACCUCCUUCCAUACACACACCUCAAAAUAUCCACUCCAGCACCAGGACGUAGGCCCAAGCAUCGUUCAGCCAAGCCUUUCCUGUCAAACCCAUGUAUACCAUCAUCACCCCCAGCAAUGACCAGUGACGGUGGUAGUGCCUAUAAGCUCUUCUCUUUAGAUGGCACCUCUUUAAAGGAUGACGUUAUUACAGAGGCAACAACCCAACCGUGCAGCUCAGACCCGGCAACCCAAACCUGUAUCUCAGACUGUGACCUUGCGGACUCUCCUCUCCAGUCUGAAGCCCACAGGAUGCAGCCUGCUGGGGGAAUGGAAACUAUGCCUGUCAGGUCAGUCAACCUGGGACCCCUCCUGGAGGAAAGACUGGAGUCAGAGGGGAUAGAUCUGACAGCGGAGCCCUUCUCUGACAAGUAUGGUCGUUAUGGAAUCCCCCAGUCUCUGGUCCAGAGGUACGCCACUGACCUGAACCAGCCUCUAACAGAGACCAUGUAUGCCAUGGACCUGCUCAGACUCACACAGCUCCGCAGGCAGCAGCGCAUGGCAGUGUGUCAAAAGCCACAGACCCUAGCGCUUGGACUAACAGCAGUGACUGACAACUGACACAAAUAUAAUUUACUGCAGCUUACUGGGUUUCCUAUCAAGGUUUCAUAUCAAGUCAUUUACCUUUGAUUCUAAACUAUUAUGACCAUUUCUAAGCUAUCAUGUGAAUAGUGUACAUGAAAUACUGUGACUGACUACUGAUUUUAUUAUUUUUUUCUUCAUUUAAAUAUUGUAUAAGGUUGAGUGCCAUUAAAGCAAUACAAAAUA